AUGAACUCAUUACAACAUUUACCGGAAGUGGGCUCGUUCUUCGGUGUUGAUUUGAAGACUGGAUCAAUGAUAAUUGCUGCUUUAGGCGUGGUACAUCCAAUGGCCUACGGAUGUACGUUCUUCAUUCCACUCAGUUACCUGCUUGUUACUAUAUGGAUAUUGGUGGCACUUUUCUUUGCCGCUAGUAUCGUUCUCUUUUUUGUGACAAUUUACUUCAUACUAGUCGUGAACAGCCAUCGAAAGACAUUAAGCGUUACCAGUUUUAUCAAUCAUGAUUCAGCAGACUAGCAUUGCCUGGCGUCAUCCGCGUGUAUCUAAAGUUUGAAUUUCGUAUCCUUUCUGUGAUAAAACUCAUCAUCA